AUGCGCGCUCCCCCGGCCGUCGUCGGGAGGCGCGCACCCUCCUCCCAGCCAGACAGGGGGGACUCGGGGGCGCGCUCCGCUGUCAAGACCCAGCGUCGCGGGCGCGCGCAGGCUUACCUGAGCCGAGGCAGUGCCUCUUUCCUUCAGUUGGUGAAGCUGUUUCUACCUGCCGCCCUGUGUGUACCUGGGGCUGCUGGGACAAAAUGGGAGCUGCACAUCACCCAGGACCCCCCCCUGGACGUGUCGGACGUGCUGACGGAGGAGCAGAAACAGCAGCUGGAGGAGCUGCAGCUCUUCAAGAACAAAGAGGGCAACGUGACCAUAGAGGUGGUGGAGGACACGAAGGAGAAACGCACCCUGCUGCACCAGGCGGUGAAGUCCCUGUUUCCUGGCCUGGAGACCAAGACCGAGGAGAGGGAGGGAGUCAAGUACAUCGUGGCGUACCACGCCGCCGGGAAGAGAGCUCUCGCAGAGGUCAGAUCUGCGGCAGGUAAGACCGGCUCGCUGGCUGUCUGCUCUGGGAGGAACUGGGAAACUGGGGUGGUGGAGGGGAGCAGCCUGGGGUUCGAGGGCACUCCGAGUGCGCUGGGGAUCAGCGCUCAGAGACUGUCUCACCUCAACAAGUGCCUGAUGAACUUCAAGCUGGGGAACUUCUCGUACAAGAAGCACCCCCUGAAACUAGGGGAGCUCCAGGGCAACCACUUCACUGUGGUCAUCAGGAAUAUCUCGGGCUCAGACGCGCAGGUGCAGCAGGCCAUGACCUCGCUGAGGGACACCGGCUUCAUCAACUACUACGGCAUGCAGCGCUUCGGCACCACCGCCGUCCCCACGUACCAGGUUGGCAGGACCAUCCUGCAGAACAACUGGACAGAGGUGGUGGAUCUGAUCCUCAAGCCCCGGCCCGGAGCCGAGAAGGGCUACCUGGUGCGCUGCCGGGAGGAGUGGGCUCGCACCCAGGACCCCGAGGCGGCCCUGCGGAAGCUGCCGGUGAAGCGCUGCGUGGAGGGGCAGCUGCUGCGCGGACUGGCCAAGUACGGCAGGAAGAACAUCGUCACCGCCUUCGGCCUCAUCCCCCGGAACAACCGGCUGAUGUACAUUCACAGCUACCAGAGCUACGUGUGGAACUGCAUGGUGAGCCGGCGCAUCGAGGCCUUCGGGCUGGAGGCCGUGCCCGGAGACCUGGUGCUCCGCGGAGGCACCGCGGUGCCCCUGUCCCAGGAGGAGGCCGCCAGCCACACCAUCCACGACGUGGUGAUGCCCCUGCCCGGCUUUGACGUCAUCUACCCAGCACACCACAUUGGAGAAGGCUACAGGGAGAUGCUGUCGGCGGACGGCCUGGACAUCGACAACAUGCGACACAAGAUCCGCGACUACUCCCUGUCUGGGGCCUACCGCCGCAUCCUCCUGCGACCGCAGGACGUCCGCUGGGAGGUGAUCAGCUACGACGACCCCCGCAUCCCGCUGGUGCACACCGAUGUCGAGCAGCUGGAGGGGAAACCGCCGCCGGUCUUCCCCAAAGAGGGUCAGUACCGGGCUCUCAGGAUGGAGUUCUCCUUGCCCCCCUCCACCUACGCCACCAUGGCUAUCCGCGAGGUACUGAAGAUGGACACCAGCAUCAAGAACCAGACCCAGCUCAACACCACCUGGCUCUGCUGACCUGCGCCGCCUGACCCGGCAUCGAGAGUGUGGCUUCAGUGCCGCACAGCCGGGCUGCGUGAUUGUGCGGCUGUCCAGCUGUGCACAAGUCGCUGCUGCUCCUGUAUAUAUGUACAGCCGCGUCUGUUGCGUGUGUGUGUUUUGCAGUGCUGUGGUCUGGCCACACCUAGGGGUCAAGGGUCAGGACAGACACACUGCCCAGCAGGCCUGCACACGGACGGCCGCCCCUCUGAGCAGUGUUUUUAAACGAGAGAGGAGAAUAUUGCACAAGGGCAAGUUUUUAUUUUUUACUUUUUUUUUAAGUGUUACAAUUUAAGGCGAAAGCAGGGGAAGUGAAAUCGUUUUACUUUACAGCACUAGUGAGAGCAGGGAGGUGGCGAUUAGACUCUACUGACUCUCUGUGCCAAGCAGUUUCUAACAGCCCUGGGAUCUGUGCAGGGAGGUAUUUUUUCUCAUUUGUAGCCCCCUGGUUAUGUUCUAUUUUAUACUCUCAUUUGAAAUUGCCCGUUGUUUAAGAGCUCUGCUGAAAAAGCCGCACAGUGGAGAAUGAGAGUAGGUGUACGUGCCCGCCCAUCGGAGCCUUUCAUCUUGUGACGCAUGGCGAGCCCCACUCCCUGACAGCAGUGCUUCCCAAACUGGUCCCAUGUGGAAUCGGAAGAGAUUGUUUAAAGAUCUGUGUUUUUGUGUGGCUUUUCCCAGCAUUGAACCGAAGGGGUAAACAGUUCUGUCCCUUGAAACAAACUCAGAUCAUCACAUCAGGCUUCUAGUCCAAAAAAGUGAACUGUGAUAUUUCUCAUCACAGCUAUAGUCUGUUAAUGGCACCCAGCCCUGCUCCUGAAGGAACAGUCUUUGCUCCAGUGCUGAUCGAUGACUUAAUUGAUCUGCUUUCUUGUUUAGACUUUCAUUGAACUUGUUUCAUCUGUAAGUCCUGUGUGUCAAAAUUUCCCGAAUUCAAGGUUACCAUUCCCAACACGUUCAGCAUGUAGAACGCUGUGCCGCCUCUCCUCACCUUACAGAGUGAACAGCUCUUGGUAGCCGAUCAGCUGCUGGUGAGCAGGUAGAGGUGGGAAUGACGCAAUGAGCGCUUCUCCUUCUGCACAAGUCUGAUCAGUUACAUUUCAGGGAGCGCUGCUGGAGGAGGGCAGCUCUGCAGCUCAGAAACUGGUACAGAGCAGAUGACAAAUACAAGCCCCGAUCGACCUUUUAAGAGCUGCAGGUGAAUUUACAAAAUAGGUAACUGAGAUCGGUGAGCCUGUGAUUAAUUACUCAGCUGCAAUAAAUAGAGGUACAGUUCUUCUAGGGCCAGGGUUAGGAACCACUGCUCUAUGUUGAGAGUUUAAAAUAACUCUUGCAAUAUGGGUGCAUUUUAUUUAACGUUAAAAGCGUGCCGUGAUCUGAAGAGGUUUGGGAAGCACUGCCUCUGGUGGAGAAGCUCCUAGCAGACGCCAGGGAGCGAGAUGAAAUCGGACCCUGGUACUCUCCCGGUCAGGUGUGUCCUGGUCACGGCCGGCUGGUGACUGCAGCCCACUCCGUCUGGGACGGCCACACCCUGCUGCUCGGCUUCACACACUGUGCCUGAGCGGCCCCACUGGGCCGCCGCCGCCAUUGUUUUAAACUGGACACCUGUAUGGAUGAUGACUUCCUCGAAGAAUAAAAUGGCCGAUACAAGA